UCCUUCGUGCCUUUUCAAAGUAAAGCGUGGAAACACCUUGGCUUAGUUUCUACUCUUUUGGUAGAUUGGAAAGGAAGGUUCAAUUUGUUGCAAUAAAGUGUGUUUUAAUUGCCAAAAUAUAAAGGAACCCAUUUGCAGGUGAAUUUGGUCCUUCACAUCUCCAAAUAUGGGAGAAGUGGCAGAAGCAAAUUAUUUCAGAUCAGAAAUAGCUCUGUUGAACUACUCCGAUGCCACCUUCAAACCCCCACUUUCUCCUCUUUUGAUCCACAUUGAUCCCAAUGAUCACACUUGUUCACCCAUUUCGGAACUGCACCCCCAGAACCAACAUCCCAAAGAUGCCUGGCUUCCUAUCACUGAAUCCAGAAACGGGAAUGCCUUUUUUGCAGCUUUCCAUCUUCUUAAUUCUAACAUUGGAUUCCAAGCUCUCAUGCUUCCCGUUGCCUUCUCCACUCUUGGUUGGGGUUGGGGUACAGUAUGUUUGACAGUAGCAUUCGUUUGGCAGCUAUAUGCCACAUUUCUUCUUGUUCAACUUCACGAAUGCGUCCCUGGAAUUCGUCACAGCAGAUACCUCUUCCUUGCCAUGGCUGCCUUCGGUAAAAGGUUAGGAAAGGUGGCAGCAUUAUUCCCGGUGAUGUACCUUUCAGGAGGCACAUGCGUCGUGCUUAUCAUCACCGGUGGUGGGACCAUGAAACUCUUAUUCAAGACACUUUGCCACAACGAUGACGGGGACACGUGUAAUGGCCACUCUCUCACGGGGGUGGAGUGGUUCUUGGUGUUCACUUGUGUGGCCAUUCUCAUUGCACAAUUGCCCAACCUCAACUCAAUGGCCAUGGUUUCUCUCGUAGGGGCCGUUACCUCCAUCACUUAUUGCACCCUCUUUUGGGUCCUCUCUGUUAAGAAGGGUAGGCCCAACAACGUAUCUUAUGGAUCCUCACUGUCCCAUCACUCCACCCCACUCCCUAACAUCACUCAUGUUCUUAAUGCCAUUGGAAUCAUUGUGCUAGCUUUCAGAGGUCAUAAUCUUUUGCUCGAGAUACAGGGAACGCUGCCUUCAAAUUUGGAACAAAGUUCCAAAGUAGCAAUGCGCAGAGGUGUGACAGUGUCCUAUGCACUAAUUAGCAUGUGCGUGUUUCCUCUGGCAAUUGCUGGAUUCUGGGCCUAUGGAAACCAGAUUGAUGAAGGAGGAUUGUUAACUUCGUUGCCACAACUCCACAAGAGGCAAAUAACAAAAUUCUCAAUGGGUGCAAUAUACGUGCUGGUAAUAAUACACUGUUUGAGCAGCUACCAAAUCUACGCGAUGCCCGUAUUUGACAACCUGGAACUAAGAUACACGAGCAUAAAGAAUGAGAAAUGUUCAGGAUUGGUGAGAACAUGCUUACGCAUAUUCUUUGGGGGGUUGACAUUUUUUAUAGCAGUCACGUUCCCAUUUCUGCCAAGCCUAGCAGCACUGAUAGGAGGGAUGACUCUGGUGCCAGUCACAUAUGCAUACCCUUGUUUCAUAUGGUUAGCCCUCAAGAAGCCACGAAAAACAAGUCUUGUUUGGUGCUUCAACGUUGCACUUGGCACCUUAGGGAUGCUUCUCAGUGCUCUCUUGGUGGCUGCAGCUAUAAGGACUCUAGUUGUCAAAGGCCUACAUGCUAAUUUCUUCAAACCAAAAUAAUGCCAUUCAUCACCAAAUUUCUGCCUAUGCGACUCACCUUAUCCCCUGUAUUUAACUAAUCUCCGAUUAUAUUAGAUUAGAUUAGAUUAGAUAUACACAAAAUCAUUUUUGAAAAUGUAAAUGUACCAAGCCUUCAGCUGCUCUGCCAAUGCUGUUAUUUAGAUUGUCAAGUUUUCAUCUAUUAUUAAUGAAAUCGACUAUGAACCAACUUUU